AUGUGUGGCCAGCGACUGGAGAAGAUUGUUGCUUUUUGGACGUUCGCUUUCGUAAGGAUUGUUACUGGGCUUGCUGGAGAGGGAAGAUCUGUGUGGAAAAAGGACUCCCACUUCAGCCCUGUGAGCGAAACACAGAUGUUUUUAUAUGACACUUUCCCCAAAGAUUUUCUCUGGGGGGUAGGGACAGGAGCUUUCCAGGUGGAAGGCAGCUGGAGGAAGGACGGAAAGGGCUUCUCCAUCUGGGACCAUUUCACCCGCUCGGAGCUCAGGGACAGCGCAGGCACCUCCAGUGACAGCUAUACCCUGUUGGACAAAGAUUUGUCUGCUCUGCAGUUUUUGGGAGUUACUUUUUACCAGUUUUCAAUUUCAUGGUCAAGGCUCUUCCCCACUGGAGUGGUGGCAGCUCCCAAUGAAAAAGGACUUCAGUAUUAUAACACCCUUAUUGACUCUUUGCUCUACAGAAACAUUGCCCCUGUGGUUACACUGUACCACUGGGACCUGCCCUUGAUGCUGCAAGAAAAAUUCGGGGGAUGGAAAAAUGAAUCGGUGAUUGAUAUCUUCAAUGACUAUGCCACGUUUUGCUUCCAGACCUUUGGGGAUCGUGUUAAAUACUGGAUUACAAUCCACAAUCCAUAUUUAGUUGCUUGGCAUGGGUAUGGCACAGGUAUUCAUGCUCCAGGAGAGAGAGGGAAAAUAAGAACUGUCUACUCAGUAGGACACAAUUUGAUCAAGGCUCAUGCAAAAGUUUGGCAUACCUACAAAGAACGCUUUGAACCCUACCAGAAGGGGAUGAUAUCCAUAGUAUUGGGAUCCCACUGGAUUGAGCCUAACAAAUUGGAAGAUGAGCUGGACAUUUCUAAAUGUCAGAAGUCCAUGGAGAGAGUACUUGGAUGGUUUGCUAAACCCAUCCAUGGGGAUGGGGAUUAUCCAGAAGGACUGAAAAAUGAAUUCUUGUUUUUGCCACACUUUACCGAAGAUGAAAAAGACUACAUCAAGGGAACAGCUGACUUCUUUGCAUUUUCCUUUGGUCCUAGUAACUUUAAACCUCCAAACACUCUACCAAAAAUGGGACAAAAUUUGUCACUCAAUUUGAGGGAAGUGCUGAACUGGAUUAAACUGGAAUACAACAGUCCUCGAAUCUUGAUUGCAGAGAAUGGCUGGUUCACUGACAGCCACGUGAAAACAGAUGACACCACAGCCAUCUACAUGAUGAAAAACUUCAUUAAUAAGGUUUUACAAGCUAUUAAAUACGACAACAUAGAUGUGUUUGGUUACACAGCCUGGUCCCUCCUUGAUGGCUUUGAAUGGCAGCAUGCUUACAACAUCAGGCGUGGAUUAUUUUAUGUAGAUUUCAAAAGCAAAAAAAAGGAAAGGAUUCCCAAGUCAUCUGCACUUUAUUAUAAACAAAUCAUACAAGAAAAUGGCUUCUUCCCAAAGGAUUCUACCCCAAACUUGCAAGCUCAGUUCUCCUGUGACUUCUCCUGGGGUAUCACCGAGUCUGUUCUCAAGGCAGAAUCAGCAGCUUCCUCACCACAGUUCUGUGAUUCCAGCUUGUACCUCUGGAAUGUCACAGGAGAUGGGCUUCUGCACAAAGUUGAAGGGGUAAAGCUAAAAACCCGACCAGCACAGUGCACAGAUUUUGUCAGUAUUAAAAAGCAACUGGAUCUCCUGGAAAAAACAAAAGUCACCCAUUACAGAUUUGCACUUGACUGGUCACUAAUUUUACCCAACGGAGAUUUGUCAGUGGUCAACAGGCAAGUUCUUAGGUAUUACAGAUGUGUGAUUAGUGAAGCCCUGAAACUGAACAUUCAAUCCAUGGUCACCUUGUAUUAUCCAACUCACACCUACCUGGGCCUGCCGGGUCCUUUGCUGCAGACAGGAGGAUGGUUGAACCUAUCCACUGCCUACGCUUUUCAAGAGUACGCAGCUUUGUGUUUUAGGGAGCUUGGUGAUUUGGUUAAACUGUGGAUUACAAUAAACGAGCCAAACCAGCUAAGCAAUGUCUACAAGAGGAGCAGCAAUGACACCUAUCGGGCAGCACACAAUUUGUUACUAGCACACGCCAUGGCCUGGAGAACGUACGACAAGCGGUUCCGGCCCUCUCAGUACGGCAAAGUGUCCCUGUCCCUGCAUUCCGACUGGGCUGAGCCUGCCAACCCCUUCUCUGAAUCUCAUUCAAAAGCUGCCAACAGGUUUCUUCACUUUGAAAUAGGCUGGUUUGCCAAUCCCAUAUUUAAGACUGGGGACUAUCCAGCUACUAUGAGGGAAUAUAUCACCUUUAAAAACAGAAAAGGCCUUUCAUAUACUUCGUUGCCAUCUUUCACAAGUGAGGAAAAGCAGCUUGUCAAAGGUGCAGCUGACUUUUAUGCACUGAAUCAUUUCACCACCAGAUUUGUGAUUGACGAACCUCAGAACAGAAGCCAGUAUGAAUUUGAUUGUGACAUUCAGUUUCUGCAGGAUAUCACCUGCCUGAGCUCCCCUUCUCGUUUGGCAGUGGUGCCCUGGGGAAUGCGCAAAGUUCUCAGCUGGAUAAAAAAAACUUACGGUGACAUCGACAUUUACAUCACAGCAAAUGGAAUAGAUGACCCGUCCUUGGACAAUGAUGAGCUUCGAAAUUAUUACUUGGGCAAAUACCUACAAGAGGUUUUAAAAGCCUACUACAUUGACAAAGUCAAGAUUAAAGGCUACUAUGCAUUUAAACUGACUGAAGAAAAAUCUAAGCCCAGAUUUGGAUUCUUCACUUCAGAUUCAAAAGAAAAGCCUUCAGUAAGAUUUUACAAUAGCCUGAUAAGCAACAAUGGCUUUCCUGCUGACUACUCAGUCUGCGGCCCCUCUAGCCACGAAAAGCAGUGUAGCUUCUGCUUGUUUAUUUCUCAGAAGAAGCCGUUAAUAUUCUUUGCCUGCUGCCUUUUCUCUACCCUCAGUUUGCUUUUAGCUAUUAUUUUUUUUCACAAAAGGAAAAGAAGGAAACAUUUUAAGGCAAAAAGCAUCAAAUGCAUCUGUCUCUCAUUUUAG